AUGCUCGCGAAAGCACCACACGCGCAUCCAGUACACAAAACCCGCGCAGUGGAUCGCCGAAGCGCACUUCAGAGCGCGUCGCGGCGUCGCGAUGCGAUUUUAUCCAAAGUGACGACGAAAAGUUUGGAGUCAUCCUCUUCGGACGCCGUUCACGCGCGGUACGACUCGAUCGACGCUCGGGAACCGCGAGCGAGUCGACGCUUCAUGACAUCUACGUUCGUAGCGGCGAUCGCGAGCGCGUCGAUCGGUGUGAGCGGAAAAGCGGACGCGGAUGAAUUGCUGAUCGAGGCGGCUGAGGAAAAGAUCGAGCCGGCGUCGGCGAGCCCAGAGGUGGCGAGCGAGCGACCGGUCGAGGAGAAGCGGAAGCUGGCGAAGAAGGCGGUGAAGAGCGAGAGCUUGGCGUACGAGUUCGAGUACGCGACGGAGGCGGAAAGCGGGAAGCCGAUCGGGUGGGCGACGAGCCGGGAGCGGGACACGUACUCGAGCGCCGAGCCGAUGUCGCCAAACGCGAGGCAGAGAAUCGUGUACGAGUUGCUGAGUUUCAAGGGGCCGUUGACGACGGUGGUAUCGUUGAGCCCGACGCCGCCGGCUCUGGAGUCGAGACCGACGAAGGAUUGGACUGCAAAGCAGGUGGCGAACGCAGUUUUGGCCGAUAAAGCCACUGGCCGCGUGGCAAGCGGGCAGCGCGUGAGCUUGGCUGAGGUGGACAACGCGGUAACCGAGACGAUUGAUGGCAACAAGUACUACUACUACGAGUACAUCUCCCAAGGGUCGCCGAACUUGCGCGAACCGGAGGCGACGACGUUCCGUCACAGCUUUGGCGUCACCGUUGAGCGCGACGGAUACUUGUACACGCUCAGCACGAGCGCCCCGGAAAUUUACUGGGACGAGCUCAGUCGAGGAUUCGACGAGUCCAUCAAGAGCUUCAGGCUGACGACGCCGAACAAGAAGAAGUACAAGCAGCCGGGCAACGAGCCGCUGGUCUCCUUGCCCUUCUAA